GUGCAGCUCAGUUCAAGUAUGAAGUGUGCAAGUUCUGUGUUAGUAACUGAGUGUACUGGAAUUUUGGAUAUAGAGGGAGUGUUUCUAUCUCAAGUUAACCAAAUUCCAACCAUUAUCUCUAGCCAUGUCCACUCCCUCCAAUCUCAUUGAUUUCUUGGUUAACCAAGCCAAUGGUGUAAAGGGCCUUGCUGAUUUGAACCUCCCAAGUGUCCCUAACCAAUAUAUCCAACCUGUGGAAGCUAGAUUAGACAAGAGCAAAAUUGUCUCUCAGGAAUCAAUUCCCAUAAUUGAUUUCACAAACUGGAGUGACCCAGAUGUUCAAGACUCCAUUUUUGAAGCUGCAACUGAAUGGGGUUUCUUCCAAGUUGUGAAUCACGGGAUACCCAUUAAGGUUCUGGAUGAUCUGAAAGCUUCAGUGCACAGGUUCUUUGAGUUACCAGCUGAGGAGAAGAAGAUUCUCAAAGAGAACUCACCCCCUGAUGUGAGAUUGGCCACCAGUUUUAGCCCUCAUGCUGAGUCAGUGUUGGAGUGGAAGGAUUAUCUGCAGCUUGUGUAUGCUUCAGAGGAGAAAAUUCAUGCACAUUGGCCUGCUAUAUGCAAGGAUCAAGCACUGGAAUAUAUGAAACAUGCUGAAGCCUUUAUUAAAAAAUUGCUAAAGGUGCUUCUUGAGAAAUUGAAUGUGAAGGAGUUAGACAAAGCAAGAGAACAGACUUUGAUGGGUGCAAUGAUAUUAGCCUUUAAUUACUAUCCUUCUUGUCCUGACCCAGAACUAACAGCAGGGGUAGGCCCUCAUAGUGAUAUAUCAUCAAUUACUGUCCUUCUGCAGGAUGAUAUUGGUGGCCUCUAUGUAAGAGGCAAGGAUGGUGAUAGUUGGAUCUAUGUGCCUCCUGUUGACGGAGCGUUGGUUAUCAACAUCGGCGAUGUGCUACAGAUAAUGAGCAAUGAAAAGUACAAAAGUAUAGAGCAUCGAGUAGUUGCCGAUCGAAGCAAGACCAGGAUCUCCAUGCCAAUCUUUGUCAACCCAGCACCUGAUGCGAUUAUCGGCCCUUUGCCAGAACUGCUAGAGAAUGGAGAUGAACCAAAAUAUAAACAAGUUGUCUUCUCUGACUAUUUCAAAUACUUCUUCAGCAAGGCUCAUGAUGGGAAGAAAACUAUUGAAUUUGCCAUGAUCUGAUCUGCGCUCAUGGUUGGUAGUAUUUCAAGGUGCUUAGAAUAACAUACCAGGAAAGCAUAUCUCAUGGACAUCCUUUUUUAACUGCAUUCUUCCAUGCUACAUUGAAGCAGAUAAUGCAACUACUUGUACCUGGUUAUCUAGAGAGAGAAUUAGGUAAACUACAUAUAUUCUCUUUUUAGUAUAUGUUGAGACUUCACGUGUGAGUAAGAAACAACAAAUAAAUAAAAAAGUCUCGCAUUAGAUGAAAAAGAAAGUGCUAAGCAAUAUAUAAGUCAAAGAACUCAUACACCUAAUACCUGCCAUUCACUAUUAUGAUGUGAUUUACUCUUUGUCAAA